AUGAAUUAUAAAUCCAAUAUUCUUUUACCAAGCGUAAAUGACCCAACUCCAUACCCUACAGCAUUCAUUAACACAAUAGAUACAUCCCUCCCCCUUUCAAACCUUACCUCAUCAACUCAAAUUCUCAUUCCUUUAUUACCAGGCGUACCAUACGUCUUGACACUUCCCUUGGAAGAAUUACUCGUACCCAAACUAAGCAUUAGGGGAAAAAUUCCUCGCCCGCAAAAUGCUUGGAUGUUAUUUCGUAAGGAUUUUACCGCCGGAAUAAAAUUAUUACCCAUGCAUGAUAAUAAGAAGUUAUGCGUGCAAGAAAUUAGCUCAUUGGCUAGUAAAUCUUGGAAACAACAACCUCCUGAAGUCAAGCAAUUCUUUGAAAUCUUACGUAUGGCCGCCAAAGAAACUCAUAACCUGCAUUAUCCGAAUUAUCGAUAUCGUCCUGAAAGAAAAUUAAAGAAAAAUACCCCAGUUGAUAAAAAAAAGGUUAAACGGGACCCCACGCAAGAGGAGAAUUUCAGUGAUUCCGCGCCAAAGAAAAAAAAAUCAUUCUUGCAGCCUACGAUGGAGACCUUCACAACGAUCAUUUAA